CAAACAAGCAGGCAAACACUCCUAUGUGAGACUGCAGGCGUCUGAGGAAGAAGGGAGGUGGAAUAUGUGAAGCAUGGAGCCCUUGGACCUGGGUAGUGCUGGUGUACUUCAUGAGCAAAACUCCAUUCAUGUCCCGACAACAAAGGCAGUGACCAAUCCGUGCCUUCCUUCUUAAAGGAGAGCCCAGGAAGUACAUUCUAUUGAAGAAUCUCCAUUUGAAAGGGACACAGAACAAGAGCACAGCCACUUAUCUUAACAGUCAUGGAGGCCACUGGUAACAGCCAGGAGGAGGUAUUGACCUCCAGAAAUGAAACAGCAGCAGACAAACCCUCUCUGCUAAACAAUGCUGUCCGAAACCAUUCAAUAGAUACAAUCCGGCAGCUGUUGAAAGAAGGAGCAGAUGUUAAUUCCAAGGUAGAAGGUGGUUGGACACCUCUGCACAGUGCUGUACAGGCUGAUCUGGAAGAGAUCGUUGAUCUUCUGCUGGAGAAGGGUGCUGAUCCAUGUGCUAGGAAGAAAAAUGGUGCCACUCCCUUUGUUGUCGCAGGGAUAGUGGGAAAUGUGAGACUUUUAGAGCUCUUCCUUUCUAAGGGGUCAGAAAUCAAUGAGUAUGAUGACAAUGGUUUCACAGCUUUUAUGGAGGCUGCUGGCUAUGGGAAUGAGGAUGCCUUAAGAUUCUUGUACAAUAAUGGGGCAGAUGUGAAUUUGAGGAGGGUGGUUAACGAGGAGAAAAGGACACUGAAUAAAGGGGGGGCAACAGCCCUGAUGGAUGCUGCCAGGGAGGGCCACCUCUCAGUUGUAAACAUUCUUGUCAGUGAGAUGAAGGCUGACAUGAACAUCUGUGACAACCAGGACAGGAAUGCUUUAAUCUAUGCCUUCCUUCCAAGUGAUAACAAGACAAGGGAGUCAAUUCUCUCGAUAGUUCAUUUCCUGCUGGAUUGUGGUGUUGAUGUGAACAGAAGAGAUGAACAUGGGAAAACUACCCUCAUCCUGGCAGUCGAGAUGCAAAGUCUGGAUUUGGUGAAAGCUUUAUUGGAGAAGAAUGAAGUUGACAUCAAUGAUGCUGACAGAGAGGGCAAAACAGCACUGAUGAUAGCUGUAGAGAAAAACUAUUACGAAAUAGCAAAGCUACUGUGUGAAAGGGGGGCAAGGACUGACCUUGGGGACCUUAUUGGGAUUGUCAAUAGGAAAUACAAUAAGAAAAUGGCAGAUCUUCUUCGCCAGUACGGCGCCAAGGCUGGUCCAAGUCAACCUCAAGAUUGGGAACCCACCAGCAAACGCUGGGGAGAGCAGCUGAAAGUUCUCUACAACAUGUAUCGUCCUAUGAUUGGAAAACUUAAAAUCCUCCAACAUAAUGAUUUCAGGAUUCAGAGAACCUCCCAAGGGGGCAUCUACCUGGGGCUCUAUGACAGGAAAGAGGUGGCUGUGAAGAUAUUCUGCAUUGGCACAGAAAUUGCUAAACAAGAGAAAAUGUGCCUUGAACAAUGUCUGACCAGCAACCAUUUAGUAAAGCUUUUUGGUGCUGAAGAAAAGAAACCCUGCCUGUACUUGUGCCUCUCGCUCUGUGAGAAGAACCUUGAAGAACACCUGAGUGCAUCAGAGAAUGAAGUGAAUUGCAAGGGUGUUCUUAAGACACUCUUUGAGGCAGUUCAAGAACUACACAUGUUUGGAUUUGGCCAUCAGGAUCUACACCCACGUAACAUUUUGAUAGAUGCUGCUGGUAAAGUUCGCUUAGCGGAUUUUGAUAAGAGCAAAAGGUUGAGUGAAGGACAGAAGGAUGAUGUUAUAAUCAAAGACCUGAAGGCGCUCAGCAGGCUGGUCCUGUAUGUUGUAACAGUGGGUAAGGUCCCCUUUGAGGAAAAUGAUAGAGACGAUUUGGAUGAAAGUUGUCCAGAGGACGUGCAGGACUAUGUGGAGAUAGCAGACCUUAGGAAAAGUCUGGUCUCCCCUGGUGAAGGAAGCCCAGUUGAGAACCUGCUGAGAGACUUGAUCCAACAUCCCUUUUUCUGGAGCAAGCAGACCAGGUACAGGUUCCUGAGAGACGUUGGGAAUGAGAGCGAUAUCAAAACACGCAACACCAAGCAUCACAAUAACAAGAGUGAGAUUCUGAAAGCUUUGAAUUGUGAUGAGCACCCUCUGCAGCAGUGGACUGAGCAGAUUGACAAAUUGGUUCUGGACAGCAUGUUCAACCCCUUCAACAACAACAAGAACCAGAACAAGAACAAGAAGAAACAGUAUGAAAACUAUGUCACGGACCUACUGAAGUUCAUCAGGAACAUGGGCGAGCACUUUGAUGAGAAGGAAGAAAAGGUCAAGGAAAUAAUCAAGGAGCCCUCGGAGUAUUUCCUGAACCUAUUUCCAGAACUGACAGUUUAUGUCUACAAGUGUUUAUGCAGCAUACAGCAUCAUAGACAUUUUCCAAGCCCUGAGAGUCUCUCUCAGGUGUAGCAUGUUCUAUCGCUUCAGGUUAUAUAGCUGAAUCCCAUUGACUAACUUCCUUUUCAGCACCGUUUUGUUCAGCUGCCAAAAAAUGUCAUACAAAGCAGGAAAGGGGAUGGAUGGGUGGAGGAUAUCAGAAUUUCUGUCAGUGGAUCUGGUUUCUGGAUUCAGCACUGAAGAACUCAGCGGUAAAGAUGCUAUGUUUGAGUGGGAUCAUGGAGGACAAUUACACUGAGGAAAGGAAGAACUAAGUACAAGAAGGGCAAGUGCCAGGUCUGGGGUUAGGGCUGCAGGAUAGGCACCCCUCUCCCGGCAGGUCUGGCCCUAGGGAGGGGCACCCCAGCCAUGCCUGGAUCAAGGCCAGUCCGGGCCACGUCUGCUCAGUGGUUUGACCAUUGGCCUGCUAAACCCAGGGUUGUGAGUUCAAUCCUUGAGGAGGCCACUUAAGGAUCUGGGGCAAAAAAUUGGUCCUGCUAGUGAAGGCAAUGGGCUGGACUCGAUGACCUUUCAAGGUCCCUUCCAGUUCUAGGAGAUUGGUAUAUCUCCAAUUAUUACCUUUAUUACGUCUGAGUCCGGGUGCCAUGGCAGGUCCAAGCCACAGCGGAGCUGGGGCUGGCAGAGGGGCGCCCCUCACCCAGCUGCGGCGGGUUCCCUGAGCGCCUGCGCAUUGCUAAAUAGGCUGCUGCACAGCCGUGCAGCUUACAGGGAACUUCGGACAGGACCCCUUCCUCUGUUCACUGGCUGCUUCCUUUCUCCCUUCUGGUGCAGUUAAUGGAUGGACAGAGAAAGAGGGAGGAGUAGGGGGUCCCUUAGAGCAUUUAGUCCUCCUUUCUAUCAUUGAGUCACCCUCUUGGAAAACAUUUCCAGCUGAUAUUCAGGAGACAGUGUCUAGAUGUCAGGAUAUUCCCUGGUGGUUUUCCCACCUGUUUCCCAGUCCUUUGUCUCCCUUCCUGCUUGAUGGCUCUGUUUACAGCUUAAAUGCAAAUUAAGCAGAGCACACUGUUCCUGAGACAGACCUGUUGCCAACCACAGUUUGGAACAUGUGUUAAUUACAUCAUAAAGGGAAAUCGUGUAACUUCACAUACGGCAUUGCCACACACAUUUUAUUAGGACAAUAUUGACCAGCUAAUCUUCAAAUGAUACUUACAAGACAUGCCUUGUACAAAGAUUACAAUUGUGCGUAGGGUGUAGACACAUGUACAUUCUGUCACACUGCCAUCCUGUACCUGGGCUGUGUAUUCACUGUCAGGUUUGGCCUCCCUCUCACCUGAGCAGGCAGGUCCUUUUGUUCCCAUGGGCUCUGCCCACCAAUCCCAGUUAUCAAAUAGGCUGGCAUUACAUUUACUUUUUGUUUAAAAGCAUAAAAGACAACUUGCUGUGAGGGGAGUCCUAGCUUCAACACCAGCCUGGGCUCUUUAAUCUUUCUUCCCCAGACAGCAGCUUUCCAGCUCUCUCGAGAUCUGUCUUUGUAGUUGGGAUUGAAAACUAACUAAACUGGGCCUUUCUCUUCUAAAUGUUGCAUAAAUACCAGUAACAGCUGGAUGAGUGACAGGCCCAGGUAUACAGUUGAAUAGUUGUUUUAUAAGCAGUUGUUUCACUAGAAGUUGGAGAGACAUUUACGAGGUAUAUUUAAUGCAUCCAGUAGGUAAUCUCAUACAUUUUCAUUUUAAUGCUAUGUCAUUAUGAGAGUCUGGAACUCCCCACCCCAGCUCCUCACUCUGGGGACUGACACCCCCCACCCCGCUGUGCCCCUAUUGCCUCUGGUAUGACACAACACUCAGCAAAGGUUUGAACAACAGAUACCAUGUAUUAAGAAUCAGUGUAAUACAGAAAAAUUAAUAUGAGGGCUGUCAAGCAAUUAAAAAAAAUAAUCACAAGUAAUUGUACUGUUAAACAAUAAUGGAAUUAUUGGGGAGGGAUAGCUCAGUGGUUUGAGCAUUAGCCUGCUAAACCCAGGGUUGUGAAUUCAAUCCGGGGUGGGAGGGACAUUUAGGGAUGUGGGGGAAGCUGUCAGGGACAGUACGUGGUCCUGCAAGUGAAGGAAGGGGACUGGACUCAAUGACCUUUCAAGGUCCCUUCCAGUUCUGUGUGUGUGUGUGUGUGUGU